UCUACCCGGCGGCCACUGCGCGCUUCCGUAUCACUUCCUUGUUCUUCUGUGGAGGGAGAAAAGUUUUCACGGAAGGGACUUGACGGACUUUUUGUGACUUUGUUCGGCCAAGCUUAGCGUUACAUGUUGGAACCAAACACCUAACUGCUCAUUCAUCGCUCCCAGCUCCUUUCGGGCUGAUAAAAAGUGAAAGAAGUAAUGGCUGACAGCCGGGAAGAGGGGAAAGAAGACCAGGAGCCUCAGGGCGCCGUGGGUGGGGAAGAUGUCAUUGAUGAUCCCAUCCUGGAGCAAGGCGCAGUGGUACUCAGAGCGUAUGUGAUUGAACGUAUAAAUGCGGAGGAGCCAAGUCGCCACGUCUCCUCGGAGCAUCUCGGAGGAAGACCCAACGAACAACAGGACCCUCAUGUCAAAGAGGUGGUGCAGCAGCUGCUGAAGAUCGCAGACGAGAUGAACAGGAACGCUGAGCUCCAACGACUGAUCAACCAGGUUCAGGCCAACUGUGCUCAGGACAUCUUCAUGAAGGUGGCCCAGAACAUCUUUGCUGACGGCAUCAACUGGGGGCGAGUGGUGGCUCUCUUCCAUCUGGCCUACAGACUCAUACACAAGGCCCUGACCACCAACCAUCUAGAGAACAUCAGAACAAUCAUCGGCUGGGUCUUGCAGGUGAUCAGAGAGCAGCUCUACUCGUGGCUGGUGCAGCAGGGAGGCUGGGAGGGGGUGAUCCGUGGUUUUUCUCAGUGGAGGACAGUAGCCAUAGUAGCAUCAGUAGCAUUGGUAGCAGCUAUUGUUUACUACAGGAAGACGCGCUGAGAGCUAAACACCUCACCACCAGGGCUGCAGUCCCAUCUCCUGGAUAAAUGCAGCAUGUUAAUAAAGACAAUCUCUGGACAUUAUUUACAACAACUCCAUCUCAUCAACCAGCGGAAGUCAAGUACUGGACUUAGAGGGGAGGGGGGGGGGGGGGGGGGGGGGGAAGAUUCUCUCUUCUGGAACAAAGAAUAAUUGGGAUGCUCUCAGCAGUGGCUUUCAGGAGAUGGAGUAACAAACAUGGGACGUAUGUAUAGAGGUCCUGAAACAGAAAAGAGGACCAGACUCCACCUGAACCAGGUCUCAGGUCCACAUCUGCUAUUUAAACUGGACCUGAGAGGGUAUACCAAUAUUGGGAAAAGGAAACAACAUAUGGUGCAUCAUAAGUCAGCCAAUCAAAAUUCAUCACUGAUUUCUGUAGCUUUAUCAUGUCAGCCUUUGCUGGAAAUGUGAAUGUGUUUCAGCCCAGAGGCUACGCAUUUGGCAUGUGGUAGCACAGAAAGAGCUGUGGUCAUCUCCAUCCACCUGUCUCAGGGCCCUCGCACCGUGUCAUGACAUUGUAAAUGUUAUCAGUGAGGCAAAGUCCAGUGUCUUUGGGGGGGAAAGGUCUACAGCCAACAAAACACGGCUUUAAGUGUCCUGAAUAUGUGACUGAAUUCACAUUCAAAAAUACAUAACUGCUCGUUAUGAUUUCUAAAUAGCUUGGACAUUUCUUACCAAAAUGAUUCUUCAGAGUUCUUGACUUACCUCCUCAAGUUUUAAUGUACCUAUUUAUAUAUAAAAACUCAAACAUUUCCCUACUGAGUUGCCUAAAGUUUAUAUACUGAUAAUUCAACCACAGAGUUUGAUGUCAAUCAUUUAUCUAUCUAAUGUUGUCUAUGCAGGAAACUAAUGGGACUCUUAACACUGGGGCAAAGUCCUCCCACCACACUGCUGUAAAGGUGUGGGAGUUACAGGGAGAGAUACUUUAUGCUGAUGCUUUCAUAUAGAGUCCAUCCAUUAGCUCAGGAACUGUGGUCAGCUGACCAUCACUGGACUGUGAACACUGGCUCAAGUAUCUAAGAAUGACGCGAGGACUUUUUAAAACGCCUUGACGUAGCAUCUAUAAACAGAAUGAUCUGCACCCGCAGUGUGAAGCUCAAAACGAGGUGCAGGGAGGAUUGUUGUAGGCCGACCGAGAAGUUAGCAUCGCAAGGGCUCCUUGGAUAAAAAGCCACUGGGAUAUUUCCUUUGGAUUUCAGUAUAAUGCGGAAAAUAGUCUCUGUGGCAAACAGAUGUUUAUGAUACUUACCUUUUGUUCAGCAGGAUAAUCUGCGAACAUAAACACCACUUUUAUCUUUUUUUAAGUUUAAAUGCAAUUGCCAGAAUUAAAAAGAUGACAUUAUGCUAUAAAUGACUACAUCACACUGAGUGCAUCAUGUCAACACCGCUUAGCUAAAGGUGGCUAAUGUUCUUCGUGAUGACGUUUAGCUCAUAUAGCUCUCAUGUAGCUAUUUCUUAGCAACCACCGAUUUUAUGAUUCAUAAAAUCUUCGGACAUUUAUCAGUGGGGUUUUUACGGUAUCAGAAAGAACAUUGACUUUGACAUUAGGACACUUCCACUAUAUUUCUGUUGCCCCUGUGAAUGCAACAGGACCAACAUCUGUAAUAAAAAGGGAGACUAAGGACCAGACUAUUAUAGUACAAAAAACAUUCUCCACAGCUCUAUAGAAAACCUCCUAUAUUGGUUAAUUAUUUAAACUAAUGCUUUUUGGUUAUUGCGAUGUGUCAGAUGAUGUGAUGGAUGGUUUCCAUGGGAACAGUCAGUAGCCUAUAGCAGAGCCAGAUGCUGUUAUCUGGUACCAUGAGAUCUUUUGUCAGGGAUUUUUGCUACCAAACUGAUCCUGCACUUUGAGAGGGAUAUCAAACUAUUUAUCUGCUGUUCUAAGGUGUUUGUAAUGUGACCUGAUGAAUAUUUUAUUGUUAGAAACAAUUAUCUCAUUGGAUUCCAUUUCUGUGAAUGAAUUAAAAAUGUGUUUUACCACUGC